CCAGAACGUCACAGUGCUCGGUUGUUUCUCGGACUUUUUGAUUUCUUCAAAGCCCUCCUUAUAAAACGAUGUGGAAGUCCUGCUAGAAAUUUCCCCGAAUUUCAUCAUGGAUCGUUCUUUCCUUGACGCAGAUAUCUCAGAAUUAGUCAAGGAACUUUCUCUUGAUGAAAAAAUUUCCUUGCUUGGAGCCCCAAACUGGUGGAACACUCAGUCUGUUGAACGUCUCGCGAUUCCCUCUAUUCGUAUGAGUGACGGUCCCAAUGGUGUGCGAGGAUCUUCGCACUUCGUAUCGACGCCAGCUCAGUGUUUACCUUGUGCAACGUCGUUGGGGUCCACUUUCGAUCCAGAACUCAUCCAGCAAGCUGGCGUGUAUCUAGCCGAAGAAGCCAAGAUCAAGUCGUCCGUUAUACUACUUGCGCCGACCUGUAAUAUCCAACGCUCGCCACUUGGUGGCAGGGCCUUUGAAAGUUUCUCCGAGGAUCCCCAUCUCUCGGGGGCAAUGGCCGCCGCUUAUGUUAAAGGGCUUCAAUCCCAAGGUGUUGCAGCCACAAUCAAGCAUUUUGUUUGCAACGAUCAGGAGCACGAACGAACUGCUGCUGAAUCUGUACUCUCCGAUAGAGCACUUCGGGAGAUUUAUCUUUACCCCUUCAUGAUUGCUCAAAGGGAUGCACAACCUUGGGCUUAUAUGACGUCAUAUGGUCGGUUGAGAGGGAUCCAUUGCUCAGAGAGUCACGACCUUUUGCAAGGUGUUCUUCGAGCCGAUUGGAAAUUCGACGGGAUUGUAAUAAGUGAUUGGUUUGGUACCUACAGCGUGGACACAUCCAUAAAUGCCGGUUUGGAUCUCGAGAUGCCCGGCCCUCCGCGAUGGCGUUCCUCAGAUCUCAUCAAACACUGUUUGAAUUCCCAAAAGCUUUACAUCCCCAUGAUCAACGAACGUGUCACCAACCUACUGAGGUUCGUUCAACACCAAGCGAGGUUAAACCCGGAAGUCGUUUACGGAGACGGGCAAGAGAGAACGCGAGACUCGGAGGAAGGUAGAAAUUUCUGCAGGAAGUUGGCUGCUGAAGGAAUCGUGUUAUUGAAGAACGAGGGAGGAGUGUUACCGAUUCAGCCCGGGAAAUAUAAAAAGGUCGCUGUGAUUGGCCCAAACGCCAAAGACCCAGUUUAUUCCGGGGGAGGGAGUGCGUUCUUGAAGGCAAGCUAUGUUGUUACUCCUUACGCGGGGAUCUUGGAAGCACUCGGGAAAGACUACGACGUUAGAUACGAGGUUGGGUGUUAUGCACACAAGUAUCUUCCCACCCUAGAACGCUUCCUUUCUAUUCACGACAACAAGCCCGGAUGGGUAUGCACGUUCUACAAUCAUCUCUCAGACGGAUCUCUAUCGGAACCUCUUCAUUCAUAUGCGUUGCAAGAUACGCGUGUCAAGCUGAAUGACUUUCUUCCCCCCGGUUUGACUGAGACUUGGUCGAUCAAGUUGAGCGGGAAGUUGACAUUGGACAAAACGAUGGACUAUGAAUUAGGAUUAACGGUUGCGGGACGAGCGAAGCUGUGGAUCAACGGAAAGCUGGAGAUUGAUAACUGGACGAAGCAGACACCAGGGGACUUCUUCUAUGGACAAGGUACAGUGGAAGAAAAGGCAGUAAUCCGUGUGGAGGCCAAUGAGAGCUUGGACGUUCUGGUGGAAUACACCAAUACGAAGCCGCCAACAGACGAUAUUAGUGCGCAGCCCGCGCUUAUGAGAGGAGUGCGUCUCGGAGGGUGCGAAAAAAUAGACCCAGAGGAAUCCAUCCGAGCCGCCGAAGGAUUGGCGGCUGAGUCGGACGUGGUCAUAUUCUGCGGUGGGCUGACUCCAGAAUGGGAAAGUGAAGGCUUUGACAGGACCGACCUGAACUUACCGGGGAAUCAACACGAAGUUAUUCGGCGUGUCGCUAAGGUUAACAAGAAGACUAUAGUCGUGAUUCAGGCGGGAUCUGCAACCUACAUGCCCUAUGCAUAUGAUCUCAACCACCCCGCUGUUCCGGCUAUUGUCCAAGCCUGGUACUUGGGCAACGAAACUGGCAAUGCCAUUGGCGACAUUCUGACCGGGAAGGUGAAUCCAAGUGGGAAAUUGCCCUUGACCUUACCAAAGCGAGUGGAAGACAUUGCUGCGUACCCGAACUUGAGGGAUGAGAAGCGAAGGAUUGUUUACGCUGAAGAUUUAUUCGUAGGCUAUAAACAUUUCCUACAGAAGCGUCUCGAGCCGGUGUUCUACUUUGGGCAUGGGCUAUCGUAUACUACUUUCUCGCUCUCAGGACUCUCCAUUACCAAGGAUGAAAAAUCUAAAAGCAACUCCUUCAACGCCAGGGUGUCUGUUGUCCUCAAGAACGAGGGAGUGGUACCUGGAUCUGAGGUGGUGCAGGUGUACGUCUCAUAUCCAGAUAAGGGGAUUACGCACCCCAAGAUGCAGUUGCGUGGAUUUGCCAAGGCAAAGGACCUCAAACCAGGAGAAUUCAGGACGGUGGAUGUAUCGUUGGACAAGUAUGCUGUCGCUUAUUGGGAUUCGCACACCUUCUCCGAGUCGAGUAUCGGAAAGGGAGUUUGGCGAGUCGCAGAGGGAGAGUAUGGCGUGCAUGUUGGAUUUGGUUGUGAUAAGAUCAAGCUAGAGGGAAGGGUUGAGGUAGAGAAAGGCGAAGGAUUCGCGUGGAGAGGCAUAUAAUCUGAAGGAGAGCGUUUAAUUUCCGUCCUUUGUCUUGAUUACUUUAGAGGGGGUAACUGCGUGUACAUGCCGGGAGUCAGAAGGCAGUCAUGGUUCUAUUCGUUCUUACUAAACGGUCGUGAAUUCAAUGAAACAAGUCAAUCUUCGUC